CUAGCAAUAAAAAAAUAAAAAACAAAACCGAUUUAACCGAUUUAUUAACGAUUUUUGUUGUUUUUGUUGCGUGCCGCUAUUAAUCCGACAAAAAAAAAAAGAAAAGUAGACGAGCAAGUCGGGCGGCCGAAUUAAUCAAAUUAAAAGUACUUGGCCGUGCAAUUACGCAGAAUGCCGUUUGCCUUUUAAGUUGCAUAUUGUUCGUCGAUCGGAGGAGAGGAGCUCGGAGUUCGGAGUUGGGAGUCGGGAGUGAGGGAAGGCGGACAAGCGGAAAAGCGGAAAAGCGCGGAAAAACGGACGUUAAGCAGGCGAGCAGGCGGCGGAGAAGUGCCACUGACAGUGGCAGUAAGUUACGGGCCAAGUUUCGCCGGAGUCGCCUUGUCGCUGGCGCAACUGGCAUAACUCAGAGCUGAUGAAAUAUGGAGCUGCUGCAGGUCCUCUGCUGCACACUGCUCCUGCUUUUGGCCCGGAUGCAAGUUCUGCUCGCCGUCAGCUGGGAGGAUUGGUGGACAUACGAUGGCAUCUCGGGUCCUGCCUUCUGGGGCCUCAUCAAUCCGGAGUGGUCACUCUGCAACAAGGGUCGCCGCCAGUCGCCGGUGAAUCUGGAGCCACAGCGCCUGCUCUUCGAUCCCAACUUGAGGCCCAUGCACAUAGACAAACACAGGAUAUCCGGACUGAUCACUAAUACGGGUCACAGCGUCAUCUUCACCGCCGGAAAUGACACGGUGGCCAACUACGAUGGUAUGCAGACGCCGGUGAAUAUCUCGGGCGGACCGCUGUCGUACCGCUACCGCUUCCACGAGAUCCACAUGCACUACGGGCUGAACGACCAGUUCGGAUCGGAGCACAGUGUCGAGGGCUACACGUUCCCCGCGGAGAUACAAAUAUUCGGCUACAAUUCCCAGCUGUAUGCAAAUUUCUCAGAUGCCCUCAAUCGCGCCCAGGGCAUUGUGGGCGUUUCCAUUCUGCUGCAGCUCGGAGAUCUCUCGAACCCAGAGCUGCGCAUGCUCACCGAUCAGCUGGAACGCAUUCGCUAUGGCGGCGACGAGGCUUUUGUCAAGCGACUCUCCAUUCGCGGAUUGCUGCCGGAUACGGAUCACUAUAUGACCUACGAUGGAUCCACAACAGCACCGGCCUGCCACGAAACAGUCACUUGGGUGGUGCUCAACAAGCCCAUCUACAUCACGAAGCAACAGUUGCACGCCCUGCGCCGCCUGAUGCAGGGCAGUCCCGACCACCCGAAAGCGCCCCUGGGCAACAAUUACCGGCCGCCCCAGCCGCUGCUGCACCGCCCCAUCCGCACCAACAUUGAUUUCAAGACGACGAAGACGAACGGCAAGGCCGCCUGCCCCACCAUGUACCGCGAGGUCUACUACAAAGCGACCAGUUGGAAACAAAACUAGAAAUCAUAGACGUGAUGGCGCAACGUAACGUAUCGUAAACGUAUGACGUAAGUAGCGAGCGGCGUGCAACAGGAGCUUCCACUAAACAUACAUAUAAACAAGGCGAUGCCGAAGGAAAAGGAUACGGGAAGGAAGGAGCAAAUUGGAAGGGGGACAAGGACGAAAAGGAUCACAAAGGAAUCAGCGCAGCAGUGGCCAAAAAUGGCGAUCGGAAAUACACAUAUACAUAUAAAUAGGCAGAGAAUAAACAAAGAAAUAAUAUGGAUAGCGACUACGAUUACGAUAAUUAGCAUUAAAUGUGCAUUUUUUUUGUCUCUCCCGAAAAUCAAUCAGACCUUGAUUGCAGUCAGAGGUUAUUUUUUUUUUGUGUGUGCGUAGCGUAAGUACAAUAACGAUAACGAUAGCAAUGACUAGUAAUUAUAAUUACCCACAUUACCAUUAACGUAAUCCGUAAAACCAAAUAAUACUGUAUAUUUAAAGUUAGGCCUGACAAUGUGAAAAGAUCAAAAUAAUAUACAGAAUACGAUUAUCAUCGGUAGCCGGCGAAGUGCUAUUGCUGCAUUAUGCAAAACCCACCCAAAGAACAGACUUUAAAUCCACUCCCAUAUCGGUGGAUAUAUAAAAACAGUUUGUUUAUGCCCCGUAAAUGUGUAUAGAGCGGACUCAGCUUGCGAGUGUGUGUGUGUGUAAAUUAGGUAAUAAUAUUAACAAUAAUCAAGAGUUUAUCUCUAUAAGCACAUCUACAUGAGAUAAUAACCACAGCGCUAUAAAUAUUUAUUGCAUAUUUGGCCGUUUUCAUACAAGUCUAGUUAUGUUUUUAAGUUUUAAUUUUAUUAAUUUUUUUUGGUGAUACAAUUUGUUUUUAUUGUUUUAAAAAAUGUAUAGCCAACAAAAGGCUUGUCUAACUCAGACACAUUUAUUUUCAUCUCUCGCUUUAAAAACAUUCUCUUAUAAAUUUGUUUUAAAAUUUAAUUAGCUAAAACUUGAAGAACUAGCACUUUAUUGGCAUUAUUAUUGGGUCAAAAAAGGUCCCUGUAGACAAACAGCCAGCCAUCAAGGGCUUUACAUACUCGCACAGUUAAUUGCAAUUUUAAAAUUAUGAAUUUGGGCAUUUUUAAUACGUAAUCCCGAUGUGGAGGCACCGGCAAUGCGUGCAUUUCGCAUUUUAAAUGCACUUGACCGCAGCAUCCACUGUUUCGCCAGUUUCCCCACCGGCUUGUGUAACCGGGGACCUUAUCAAACAAACCACCCUGCACCACCCUAAACCACCCAUGAACCACCCACCACCCUCGGGCUGUCGCUUAUCGAACGGCAAAUGCAACAUGAAACCACAAAAUCUGUUGCGGUUAUUUAAAAUCACGUUUAAAUACGAAAGUGCUGGCUGUCUCUCGCUUUGGUUUGGUUUUUGGCCAGCAUAAAAAUCAACUUUUUAAUGGCCGAAAGGAAAAUGAUUACGUAUACGCCGCGUGGUACAGGGACAUGGCCAAAAACUGGCAUAAGUUUUUUCCUGCACUGGCUCUCUGACCCUCUCGCUCCUAAAUACCCCUGCAAAAUCACAUAAUAAUUUGUAUAAACAUUUGCAUUAUUUGCACAAGUUGACAUUUUUGCAGUUGUUUUUGUGUGCCGGCAUUCAACUGAAACUUUUCGAGCUCUUUGUUUCAUUUAGUUGCUGUUCAGUUUAUGCAUUGUUUUUUUUUUUUUUUUUAUAUUUUAGUUUGUUGUUGUUUUGUUUCAGUUGUGCAUCGAGGGAUUUGCCAUUGGGAAAUUAUGACUUAAAUUAAUACAUGGCAAGUGUAAUUUAUUUGAGCGAAUCAAGCGGCAGCUGCUGCUGCCGGCUGAUAUCCUGGAAUUUUUAGGUUUGAAAUGGAACUUGUUGGUUUUUUGCGUUAGCUAAAAUAUAUAACUCAAUUUCAUAUUUUUUUUUAUACGCUAUAUUUGCGGUGAAGCUUUAAAAUCUAUAAACAA